UUUCUCGGAGCAUGUGAGAAAUGCAUUGACCAUGCACAGUCUAUUUUAUUGAAUUCAAAACCACAAUUUGUAACUUUCUCAUUAUCAAUAAUAAGAGACAACAAGAUGAAGCGGAAAGUUGCGGAAACACUGACGGAAGGCGACACAGAGGUGGAAGUGGAGUCCGCCGAGUCGCAGCACAGCCAGGAUGAGGAUGAGAAACCGGCUAAACAGCUCAAGGGCGAUUCGAAGCCUUCCAAGGCUGGCAUCGUCAAGCCACUGAAAGUGUCCAACAAGGAACUGUACAAGGCGCCAACGCCGGAGGAACUGAGCCAGCUGAAGGAGACGGAGAGCCUGUUCCACUGCAGCCUUCUGAAGAUGCAGAUGGAAGAGUUGUUGAAGGAGGUGGUUGUCAGUGAGAAGAAGAAGCGUAUGGUGGACACCUUCGUGCUGAAGAUCACUGAGCUUCUACAGUCUGUUCCAGAGACGCCUGUGGUGGAGCUGAGUGACACCACUUGGCUAUCGAAGGUGGAGGUGCCGUUUAUCUUGGUCCCUAAGUCAGUGAAGGGCAAGUUUCACAUGGAGCCCCCAGCCUCGGUAACCCUGAUCGGUAGCUACCCCCUGGGCACCUGCACCAAGCCACGCGUCUCCGUCGACCUAAUGGCUACCAUUCCUGCUAAUGUUCUGCACCCAAUGGAUGCAAUCAACCAGCGGUAUUCCCGUAAGAGGGCCCUGUACCUGGCUGGCCUGGCUGAACAUCUCCUGUCCUCCAAGGAGGUGGGGACCAUGCAGUAUUCCUGUCUCCAUGGAAACCGCCUCCGGCCUGUGUUGCUCCUCACACCUCCAGGUAAAGAUGGUGGUAGUGUGACGCUACGCAUCCACGCCUGCCCACCACCUGACUUCCUGAAGCCCGGGCUGCUGCACCCGCAGAAGAACAAGAUCCGAACCGAGUGGUACACGGGCAUCGAUGCCCCGCAGCUAGGAGGUCCAGAUGCCCCCACCCCGCACUACAACAGCACAGUGCUGGGGGAUCACCUGCCCGCAGCCCACCUGCAGUUCCUCAGUGCGGUACGGGAGCAGUGCGGGGCCUUCAAGGAUGCCGUGGCCCUCCUCAAGGUGUGGCUCCGGCAGAGGGAGCUGGAUCAGGGUUCAGGGUGUUUUGGUGGUUUCCUGGCCUCCAUGCUGUUGGCCUAUCUCCUCACAUCUCGCAAAGUCAGCAACCACAUGUCGGCCUAUCAGCUGUUCCGGAAUGCCCUCCACUUCCUGGCUUCAACAGACCUGACAGAGAAUGGCAUCAGCCUGGCCAGAAACCCAGACUCCUCAGCACCCAGCCUCGCCGACUUCCACAGUGCGUUCCAGGUGGUGCUUGUGGACCCCUCUGGUCACCUCAACCUGUGUGCUGACAUGACAGCACACACCUACAAAAGGAUCCAGCAUGAGGCGUCACUGUCGGUGCGGUUCUGGGAUGACCCGACCUUAGACGGCUUCCAGGCUCUCCUGAUGACCCCCAAACCCCUCAUCAGGACCUACGACCACGUCUUCCAACUUCGUGGACUGACCAAACUGCAGUCUGCUUGCAAGAAGCUCAACCUCUUCAGCGAGCUCAUGGACCACAGUGGGAACUACAUCUCCACUGCGCUACCUCUUAUUCUGUCCCUCCUGCAACGAGGACUAGGAGAACGGAUCCACCUGCUCGUGCACGCGCUACCCUCUAGUCCUGAGUGGCCAGUGAGCGUUGAGCCCCCCAAACAUAAAGACCAGCCCCCCCUCUCCUUCGGCCUGCUUCUCAACCCGGAGCACUUGGCCUCUGUGCUGGAGAAGGGGCCCCCUGCAGACAACCCGAAGGCCGCUGAGUUCCGCCAGCUGUGGGGCGAUCGCUCCGAGCUGCGGCGUUUCCAGGACGGCGCCAUCACAGAGGCGGUACUCUGGGACGCCCCCACCUUCUGCCUCAAGAGACUGGUGCCCCAACAGAUCAUCAGCCACCUGCUACAGCUCCAUGCUGAUAUCCCCUCCUCCUGUAUCCGCUAUGUGGGUGGACUGCUGGAGAACGUCAUCAUUGUACAGGAAGAGAGCUGUGGUACCGGUGAGGAGGAGAGUCUGAAGGUGGUGCAGAGCUAUGACGACCUGAGCCGCAAGCUGUGGCAGCUGGAGGACCUUCCACUGUCCAUCACCUCCGUACAGGGGGCGCACCCUGCACUCAGAUACACACAGGUGCUGCCCCCUGUCCCCUACAAGCUGAACUACAAGCAGUUUGAUCGGGAGAAGAGGACCAGAGCUCUGCUGCCCCAGAUGGGAAGUCCCUGCCCUGCCUACAUCACACCCAUCAAAGUGAUCUGCCACAUGGAGGGCAGUGGCAAGUGGCCCCAUGACGCGCUGGCCAUCCGCCACAUCAAGGCUGCCUUCCACAUCCGCCUGGCAGAGGUCCUCAAGAAGACCCACGACUAUCCCUGUCACCCCACACCCACGCACCUGGACGUCUGGAAGGACGGCUAUGCGUUCCGCAUCCAGGUGGCGUACCACCGCGAGCCCCAGGUGCUGCGGGAGCUGCUCUCCCCAGACGGGAUGCUCCUGAGCAGGGACAACCCGCAGGCCCAGGCCCUGGAGAUGGAGACCCAGCACCGGACACUGCUCACCAGCACACUGCAUGGGCUGCAGCAGCAGCACCCGUGUUUCGGUGCGGUGUGUCGCCUGGCCAAGCGGUGGCUGGCUGCCCAGCUGCUGAGCUCGGAGCUGGGGGAGGACGCGGCGGACCUGCUGGUGGCACACCUCUUCACACACCCUGCACCACACACGCCACCCAGUUCCCCUCAGGUGGGCUUCCUGAGGUUCCUUCACCUGCUCUCGUCCUUCGAUUGGAAGAACAGUCCACUGGUGGUGAACCUCAACAGCAAGCUCACAGCGGCUGACUACACGGACAUCAAGAACUCCUUCACAGCCGCUAGAGAGUCCCUGCCAAUCAUGUUCAUCGCCACGCCAACAGACAGGAAUCAGUCCAUCUGGACCAGAGACGGCCCCUCGGUUCAGAUGCUGCAGCGCAUCAUCGCCUUAGCAGCAGGGAGCCUGCAGGUCCUGGAGGACCAGCUCACUGACCCAACACACACACAAGACGUACGGGUGGCGUUCCGGCCUCCUCUGGACGUGUACGAUGUGUUGAUCCACCUGCAUCCGGAGCAGGUGCCCCUGGUGGGGCAGGCGGUGGACCCCCCCGAACAGGAGCCGUCCCGGGGGGCCCAGCAGGGCAGCAUAGCCGGAGGGGCCCUACCCGUUAUUGACUACAACCCCGUCAGCUUCUACCUUGCAGAGCUCAGGGAAUCGUUUGGUGACAUGGCACUCUUCUUCUAUGACUCCUAUGGAGGGACGGUUAUCGCGGUCUUAUGGAAGCCAAAAGCCUUCGCACCACUGCCCUUUAAGACGGGUGCGAUGGGGGCUCGGCGUGUAGAGGUGUGUGAUGACAAGGUGAGCUCCGUGCCAAACGUGGAAGCCAUCCUGCAUGACUUCAGUGUCCUUGGGGAGGGCUUGGUGGACAAGAUCGUGCCAAGGACAGAGCAGUGGGUCGUCUAAACAUCCGAGCACCACACUUUGAACUUUCAAUGGAAAGAUGUGGAAAAACAAACAAACAAAAAGCAACACGUUUGUGAAAGAUUAUGUGUGUAUGAUGCCAUUUUGUAUUGAAAGAGAUAUUAAACUACAUUAUUAACCAGAA